AUGGCCACCGAAAUCUACGUGCCAGACGCCCGUGAUGGCCAUUUACCCGUUGAGCCUAAGUCUGCAUACGCAACUACGGUUGAAGAGGUGCCUGCAGCAACACCAAACGGCACCUAUUUGCCCUACCCCAAGCUCAAGAGGGCAGACGGCACUAUUUCCGAUUUCCAGCUCGAAGAUCGCCCAAUCGAUGAGAUAAAGAAGCUCAAGGUCGCAAUUAUCGGAACCGGUCUGUCUGGUGUAACUGCUGGCGCUCUUUUGCCCGUCAAAGUCCCUGGCAUUGAUCUUACUCUGUUUGAGAAGAAUCCCGAUGUGUUCCAGGGCGGUACAUGGUUCGAGAAUACAUACCCCGGCGUUCGCUGCGACGUGCCUUCGACGGUAUACCAGAGCACAUUCGAGCCGAAGAGUGACUGGUCCGAGGAGUUUGCAAGAGGAGAUGAGAUCAGAGAUUACUGGCAAGACAUCGCGAGGAAGUAUGGCGUCUACGAAAAGACUCAGUUCAAGACGAAAGUGCAGCGUGCCGACUGGGACACUACGCGAAGCCAAUGGAAGUUGACCCUGGAAAAAUUGGACACGAAUGAAGUCAGGGAAGAAUUCUUUGAUUUCCUGAUCCCUGCCAUUGGUCACUUCAACGCAUGGAAGAUUCCAGACUAUCCCGGUGUUAAAGAUUACAAGGGCGUCCUUCGCCACUCCUCGAACUGGGACCCCUCCGUUGACCUCACCAACAAGCGCGUAGCCGUCAUCGGCAACGGUGCCUCAGGAAUCCAAGUCGUCCCGGAACUCCAGAAGAUUGCCGCACACCUCGACCACUAUGCUCGCUCCCCCACCUGGAUUGCCGGCUCUCUCGGUGGACGUGAUCGCCAGGCGGAGCCCAUGCCCUUCUCACCCGAGCAACUCGAGGAGUUCAAGGACCCGCACAAAUUCCUCGCCUACCGCAAAGCACUCGAAGAGACCUACUGGCGGCGCUUCGGUUCCGUCUUCAAGGAUGGCGAGGAAUCAAAGAACGCGCGGGAGAAAUUCAUCGACCUGAUGGCCAAGCGCCUAACAAACAAGCCCGAGCUGCUCGACCAGAUUGUGCCCGCCUUCAGCCCGCACUGCCGGCGACUGACGCCCGGACCAGGAUAUCUAGAGGCUCUGACACAGCCCAACGUCUCUUUCAUCCGCACGCCUAUCGCCCGCUUCACCGAGACUGGCAUCGUGACGGAGGACGGCGUGCACCGUGAGGUUGACGCCGUUAUCUGCUCGACUGGCGCAAACGUCUCCUUCGCGCCCCCUUUCCCCAUCACCAGCGGGGAAUACGACCUCAGCAGGGAUUGGCAGCACGAUGGCAAAUUCGGCUUCCCCUACAGCUAUUUCGGCCUCGGUGUUCCUGGGUUUCCGAACUUGCUGUUCCUCUACGGACCCAACUCCGGCGCCGUCGCCGGCACCAUCCCCAUGGCCGCCGAGGCGCAGACGACCUACAUCUCGCGCUUACUCCGCAAGGUGUCGCGGCAGCACAUCCAAACAGCCGCUCCCUCGCGCGCCGCGGCCGACGACUUCAUCGCCUACUGCGACGCCUUCUUCCCCAAAACCGUCUUCUCCGAGAACUGCAAGAGCUGGUACAACGGCGGCCGCGCCGGCGCCCGCGUCCACGGCGUCUGGCCCGGCAGCGGCGCCCACGUCAACUUCAUCCGCCAGGAGCCGCGCUGGGAGGACUGGGAGUGGGGCUACGAGCAGGGCAAGAGCAGGUUUAGUUAUUGGGGCAACGGCAGGACGGCGAAGGAACAGGAUCCGGAAAGCGAUUUGUUGAGCUGGUUGAAGGUGCCGGCGGAGGUGGAUUUGAAGGAUUUGCAUGAGAAGUGGUAUGAGGUGUAG